AUGCAAUUGAACAUAACCAAGCCAUUGCAGAUACUGCAAUGGUCUGCCUACAUUUAUAUUCUGAUUUUAGUCAAGGGAUUUAUCAUCUUUCCAAUUGCCAUAUUACUUUUCAAUGAUUUCUAUCUGCGAUUAUUGCCUUCAGAUUCAUCCCAGUGGGUUCCAUUAUCCAAGUUUAACGUUGAAGAGUUUGACGAGGGUAUUGAAUUUUUUCAGAAGAUUGAAAGAAUACCCAUCGAAUGGGAUAUACCUGCAUUACCGGAUAAUGGCAUUCCGGAAAGUAUACCUUUAAGAGAUCACAUAUCAUAUAAAAUGGACUUUGAUAUGAACUUCUUUUGCAUCAGCCCAACAAAAAACCUAGGAUAUACGCCAUCAGGUAUAUCUGAGCUCGUUUUGGAGAUUCAUUCUACAGAAAGAAAGCAGUCUUUGAUUUUUAAAAGAAAUAUACCAAUUUUAUGUAUGACAAAUGGUGACAACAUUGUUGAAGAUGAGCUGUAUGAUCAAGGGCCCUCAAGAAUAAGUUUAUAUGAAAAAGAGUGGAUUAACCAUAUCAAGAUCCAUGACAAAGUUGACAUUGGCCCUGAAGACAAUGAAAUCAAAUACAUUUGGACGAUACGAAGUGAAAGUCCUCGGAUACUCUUUAAUCUGGAGUCCGGCUUUAGGUUACGUAUGAAUUUCGAGCAAGGAUUGAGGAAUUUGAUGCUGCGUUGGCACAAAAUAACCUAUAUCAUUGGAGUUGUUGUUUUUGAUUGUGCUAUUUCAACAAUUUUCGGAAUUGCCGUUUUGAUAUCAUUCUAUUCCUUAUCAAACAAGCUAAAGAGUCGUAGUAAAAAAGAUUGA